CCAGCGCCGUCCGCCAGCCUGGCUCGCCACCGCUCGCCCGCUGCUCAGUGUCCUCGCGAGCCAGCUUCGGCCGGCGAAGGCGACGUCCGGCGCGAUCCCGGGCCCUGGCCACAGGAGGCGGAGGCGCGGCCCCGAGCCUUGCUCAACGGUGCUGCUUAGGUGGUGAAAUUUUCCCGUGAAGAGUAAAGAUCCCCAAUCGUAGAAGUUCCCCGUAAGCACCAACAACUUGGAAAGCAAGGAGCAGUAUGACAGAACCAUCUGUCUGAGUCUGAAGUGUGAAGACCACCAUAUCCACCAGAAAACCCAGGAUGGAUCUCCACCAAAGCACCACAGUCAGGCUCCUGCAGAAAUGGUGUUCCCACGAGUCACCAUUUGGCUGCAGGAGACAUUAUAAUACCAGGAAAAAACUGAAGCUAAUUCGAGUUAUUGGCCUCGUCAUGGGCCUGGUAGCUGUGAGCACUGUCCCGUUUUCAAUCAGUGCCUUCACUAAGACAGACUCUCAGAGUAACAGAGGAGAAGCCGGUGAUGUGAAUGGCCCUAGGGUAGCAGAGGGUCACCGUCAAAGAACUCUCUUAGACUUAAAUGACAAGAUUCGAGAUUACACCCCACAGCCACCUGCUUCUCAAGAAGACCAAGCUGAGAACACUACUGAUCACAACCAGGGAGACUACCCAAAGGACAUCUUUUCCCUGGAGGAGCGAAGGAAAGGCGCCAUCAUUCUCCACGUCAUCGGAAUGAUCUAUAUGUUCAUAGCAUUAGCCAUCGUCUGUGAUGAGUUCUUUGUUCCUUCUCUAACUGUCAUCACUGAAAAACUGGGAAUCUCUGAUGAUGUGGCCGGAGCCACCUUCAUGGCUGCAGGGGGGUCAGCCCCAGAACUUUUCACGUCUCUUAUAGGCGUCUUCAUUGCACACAGCAAUGUCGGCAUUGGCACCAUUGUAGGUUCUGCCGUGUUCAAUAUCCUCUUUGUUAUUGGCAUGUGUGCUCUGUUUUCUAGAGAAAUCUUAAACCUGACCUGGUGGCCGCUCUUUCGGGAUGUGUCCUUCUACAUCGUUGAUUUGAUCAUGUUGAUCAUAUUUUUCCUGGAUAACGUUAUCAUGUGGUGGGAAAGCUUACUCCUCUUGACAGCUUAUUUUGCCUAUGUGGUUUUCAUGAAGUUCAACGUCCAAGUAGAGAGAUGGGUGAAGCAAAUGAUAAAUCGCAAUAAAGUUGUCAAGGUGACAGUACCAGAAGCCCAAGCAAAGCUUUCAGAAUUCCCUCCAGCCUCACAGGCAGAUGAGAGGACAGCUUGCCCUACAAUAACAAAUGACCCUGACUGCCAGAGUCUGUGUUUCGAGGUCUACCCUGAGACAGCCAGGCAUGGGUCCUGCAUAAGGAAUGUGACUGGAGAGCGGCUGACAGAAAAGACCCAGAGCAGCUGUAUGGAAGAGUCUUCUACAUCUGGGGACAAGGACGAGCCGACCCUACCGGCUAAGCCACGCCUCCAGCGAGGUGGAAGCUCUGCCUCCCUCCACAACAGUCUCAUGAGGAAUAGCAUCUUCCAGCUCAUGAUACACACCCUUGACCCACUUGCUGAAGAACUUGGAUCAUAUGGAAAACUAAAAUAUUAUGACACAAUGACUGAAGAAGGGAGGUUCCGAGAAAAAGCUUCAAUUCUCCACAAGAUUGCCAAGAAGAAAUGCCAAGUGGAUGAGAAUGAGAGGCAAAAUGGGGCUGCCAAUCAUGUGGAAAAAAUUGAACUCCCCAACAGCACGAGCACAGAGGUCGAAAUGACACCAUCGAGCGAAGCUUCAGAACCUGUGCAGAAUGGAAACGUCUCCCACAGCAUUGAAGCUGCAGAUGCCCCGCAGGCCACAGAGACUGCAGAGGAAGAAGAUGACCAGCCCCUCAGCCUGUCCUGGCCGUCCAACACCCGCAAGCAGGUCACCUUCCUAAUUGUUCUUCCUAUCGUAUUCCCCCUCUGGAUCACCUUACCUGACGUCCGCAAACCCGCUUCCAGGAAGUUCUUCCCUAUCACAUUCUUCGGCUCCAUCACUUGGAUCGCAGUUUUCUCAUACCUGAUGGUGUGGUGGGCACACCAGGUUGGAGAGACAAUCGGCAUUAGUGAAGAGAUCAUGGGUCUGACCAUCUUGGCUGCUGGGACCUCUAUCCCUGAUCUUAUCACCAGUGUCAUAGUGGCCCGAAAGGGCCUGGGGGACAUGGCUGUGUCCAGCUCUGUUGGAAGCAACAUCUUUGACAUCACUGUGGGGCUCCCACUGCCCUGGCUGCUCUACACUGUCAUCCACAGAUUCAAGCCAGUGACCGUCAGCAGCAAUGGCCUCUUCUGCGCCAUCGUCCUUCUCUUCAUCAUGUUACUUUUUGUCAUUCUCUCCAUCGCCCUCUGCAAAUGGCGGAUGAACAAAAUCCUCGGCUUCAUCAUGUUUGGCCUCUACUUCGUGUUCCUGGUGGUCAGCGUCCUCCUGGAAGACAAAGUUCUCGAGUGCCCUGUCUCCAUCUAGUGGAAAAGCCAUAUCUUAAACCAGCAUGGAUGGUCCCUCCCGGCUCUGGGCUCCAGGCUCCUUGCAGUCUUGAGAAGAGGCAGCUUGUGCACAGCCCUGGGAGGCAAGUGUCCCUCCUUUGGAAGGUUGGAGGAAAGGUGGAUUCCCAAGGGGCCAUUCACUUCACAGGCACCUUGCCCUUGCCUGCUGAAGGGCUCCGUGUAAGAAACAAAGAGGACCGUCUCUCCAUCACCACUGACAGGUACUCCUCGCUGGUCGGAGGUACAUUUAUUGUGAUGACACACAAGAGGACAGAGGCUAUACAUACAUAUAAAUAUUAUAAAUAUAUACACAUGAGCAUACAAAUCUUGCCUGUUUCUGUACUAUACCUCUCCUCCUAUACCUAUAGAUUAAUAUAUAACUGUACACAAACAGAAAGAAAAAUUAUAUAUAUAUAUAAAGAUAUAUAUUUAAGUGCAAAUGCAUCUUUUCAGGGAUAGUUCUAGCAUAUUUAUAGUACCUAUUUGAAGAGGGGCAUCAACCUUCGACCUUCAGUUUGUGCUUUGCUCCUCAAGUACAAAAGCCAAAUUAACAGAAUCAGUAGGCAAAGCCCUCUUUGCUGUGAUUUCUAGCCUGCUUUGGAUGUACUAAGUUUAGUGAAAUACUUUGAGGAAAGGAAAGCUUAAUUGAGGGAGUCUGUAGGAGCCCCAGUUAGAACCUCUAAAAUACUCUCACAAGCCAAAAAGAAUCACCCUGUUCAUCCCCACUGGGGUGCCCUAAGACCCCGGGGAUUCUGUAAGACAGAGGUAAAACUCAGACUAGGUGACAACCAAGGAGGGAUCUGCUGAGCGUUAGGCUGUUUUGUUUUGUUUUGUUUUGUUGUAAUGCCCCAGCAUGCGAGUAGAUGAUAUGAAUGAAAAACCAAAUUAGUGCUUUUCUAGGUCAGCAAAAAUUAUAAAAACUGAGCCUAUCAUGUUCCAGUGCAUGGCCCAUUAUCAUCAAGCGAACAAGGGCAAUCUUAGCCGUGAUUGUCAUCUGACAUGCUUUAAUGCCAAGGGCUCCCACACAGUCCAAAGUCCUGCCAAGAGUGCUGAGAUGUGUGCUGAGAAGCACCAUCCAGCAGAGGUGCUCAGUGGAGAUUGCCACCCAAUGGGAACAUAAGGGCCUAGCUCCUUAGAGCAUUUCUCAGUGUGGUCACAAAGGGCUGCAGUGUCUAAAGAUCGUUCCCAGGAGAUCUAAACUAAUGACUGACAGUGUUUGGCUGAGGCAGUUCAGGUUUGUCUGCAGAGGCAUUUAACCAUUUGGUGUGUGCCCCACCCUCUCACCCCAGAACAGUUUCCAAGUCCUGUGUCACACAUUUGGUGUGUAGACCCAUGCAACACCUGUAUCCCACCCCCCUCCUCAUCACAAUCCCAUCUGAAACUCUAGCGUUCCAAGCACAGUGGAGUCUGUGUAUGUUCCAUCAUCUCUUUACACUACUUGGAAGCAGUCACUCUGAUAUCUUGCUCAGCUUCACAUGGGGUCAUCUCAUUCAAGUUCUGUCUGACAUCUUGUGUGGCUUCUCAGGUUCAUUUCAGUAGAAAAUGGGACUGGUUGGCAGCCAACUUGAAAUUGAAAUUGAAAAAAAAAAAAUAUGCAGAGUUUUUCAUUUCCCUAAACCAUGCUUUCUCCUUAAAAUCGACUGAACAAGUGAACAGAGGGUGGCCACCUGCAUGUAAAAUCGGCACACAUCAUACCCAGAGAAUGUCACCUCGUAUUCACAACCUGAUCUGGCAUUCUGCCUUUUCUGAUUGUUGUGAACACCCUUAACACAGGAAGGCAGGAUACAGAACUCAAAGCUGAAUUUAAAAGGUCGGGUAACCCAAUACCCCAGCUCAAGUUCAGCAUUCCAUCUACAGACAACCCAUUUACAGAGCAUGGCAACAGCAGGCAGAGCCAAGCCUCUCCCCUCUCUUCACUUAUAAGCAAAAGGCACUUCAAAGUGGAGACCCCCUGAGGACACGUGAAAUAAAAAGGUCUGCUGCCUAAGAAACUGGCUUUCAAGUCUCUCCAACAAUGCAGAGUUGGGUUUUCAAUGGUGAAAGAGAAAUCCAUGCCCCAUUUAUCAAGGGUUGGACUUUGUAUGGGGCAAGCAUUUGUGUUGCUUCCUUACAGAGAAAGACAAGGGAAAAGUGAGUUUUCAAUUUUAAAAUCUCAGAUUCUUGUCCUGGCUGCUUGGAUGAGAGCAUGAUGAUGGUUGGAUAAAUUAUUUUUUCUGGUUGGUCUAUUGCUUAAAACGAAUUAUUCUUUUUAAACCAACUACAAAUAGACUGUAAAGUAAGAAAGGUCACAGAAUGUCUGCUCCCACCAUUACUAUCCCUUCCUCACCAAGAAGCCAGGAAGCACUCCAGAUGCCUAAGAGCUGGGAGUUCUGCUUCAUAGGGAGGGCUGUAGUAUUUAACAAAAAGUUCCUUUGAGAAGACAACGGUCCCAGAGCCAGUCCCCACUUCCAUGGUGUUCCUGUCCCUGAGAGGUGCAAGCGCCACCCACUGCUGCCUCGUGCUGUCUUGGUUGAGUAAUGGGUGGCUAUGUGGCCAUAUGUUAUCCUGGAAUCAUUCACAUCAUUGUAAAACUGCUUCCUACAUGAUAGAGUCAGAUCAUCUCCAAUUUCUUUUAGUGUUAGUGUGUGCAAGUGUACUAGAUCUGCUGACAAACAAUAUCAAUGAUGUCAUCACCCUAUCGGCCCAAUCACAUUUGAAAUCCCUAAGCAAAGAGCAUCAAAUUUGACAGUCAAGGAAGAGGAAACUCGUGCACACCAACCAAAGUGAACAUUUUUUUUUAUUCUGUGCACAUAUACACACAAACAUUCGCUUACCAUUCAAACACUUCAUCCCACAAAAUAUAGGAAGUGGCCAGCUGUAUCCCUAAUGCUUUCAGAGAAGCAAAAAUAUGCAACAAGAGGCAUGGGAGAAAAAUUUAGACUGCUGUCUCUUUGCUUCUCUGGAACAGGAUAUAAAAUAAUAUCAAAGGAUCAAGCCAAAAUUUUACACUCAUCCUAAAAUAAAGGAACUGUACCCAAAUGGGUCCAUUUGUUCACAGAAAACCAAGCCAGUCUUGCUUCCUACCACCUCUCUAUAGCCUUAGGCAACCCUGAAAUAGGAAAGAAACUUGGUUCAGACUGAGAAUUCUAAAAUAGAAACUCCUAGAUUUGCAUUUGAGAGUGCCCAUGAUACAUUCACCUGCCCUCUGGACCCGACCAGUUCCUGAUGGGAUGAAGCAUGAGAUUAAUGGUGUUAUUCAACUUCCCAGGACCUAAACAUGCCAGACAGAGUCAGCAGGGCAGAGUACAUGUGCAGAGGACGGGGUUAUUCAUCAGCUCAGCAGAUGAUGCAGAGUGUCUGAAGCCUCACAUUAGUGUCAUGAAAAGAGGCAAGGACCAUCUUAUAUUCAAGGAAAAUGCUUUGCAAGGCCUCUAACUGGGCCCAUUAGAAUUUAUUUUAUAGGGAAGACACAAGUCAGGUGAUUUGGAGGCCUUUCAGCAAAACACAGCUGCCUCCGUGAUUAGAUUUUUGGUAACAUUAACAUCCAUGUGCUCCUGGCCAGAGAGAGUUGGCCGCCUCCCCUACACCACCACUUUCCACAUCUUUUAAAUGCCUCUGUGACUUGAAAUGAAAUAAGGCAGGGUCUGUAAAAGAAGGUUAUCCACUCCCAGACCACCUUAACAGAUCACUGAAGAGACAAAGGUUACAACUACUGGCCAGUCAGAGGGGAAGAUGGAAUUUGAAGUAUUCCAUUGAGAGAAUUGCACUGAAACAUUUGAUAGGGUUUGAUGCUUGUCUGAAUGAAGCAUUUCAGAGAAUUUCGAUGGGCUUUCAUAACACACACACACACACACACAUACAGGCUCAAGUGCACAGGUACACACACAAGUUAUAUUCUUUCUUGCACCCGGAAAGAUUGGGACUCCAGCAAGUAGCAUGUUACAGACAGCAGGUCUGUUCAAAAAAAAAAAAAAAAAAAAGUGUGCUAUAGAAACUAACACCCACCCUUAUGUAUUUACCUGGCCUAAUAAUUUUAAAGUUAUCAUUCUCAACUCCCUUGUCUCUCACAACAUUCUUUUCAUUUAGCAGACAAGGCCUUCCCAUUAAAAGAGAGUUGGUAGGAAAAUAUAAAAAUCAAAGGGGAUAUGGGGGAGAGGAAAUCAUUUAUUUGUAAUAGGAUUCCUAAGAAAGCAACCAAAGUAUAUCUAUGAUGUUUAAAGUGGUUUUAAAAAGCAGAACUUUUUAAACAAUUGCUAGAGCGUAUACACGUUCUACAUUUAUUUGAAAAGCACAUGUCAAAUGAAGGACUCAGGAAAGAAAGGUACCUGUGCCUUGCCCCAGGGUCUGUCUGAGUUUAGUUUACUGCCUUUGGAUCUUUGUGGUCCUUUUUAAUCUCACAGCUUCAUAUUCCUUGAAAUAUAUAGCUAAGAAAAGCAAUAAAGGAAAUACAGCCAGUUCAGAUCCAAUACAUAUUAUUGCACCUUCAAGCUAUUUCUCUCAUGUCACUGGGCACUUUGGGUCCACAGAGGCUGUGGUUGCUGCAGCAAGAAGGACAUAGGCUUCUGUGCAAUCACAGAUGUGCUCACAUUCACUACAUCUGGAAGUAGCUUGCUUCCCACAUAGACUGCCCAGACAGCAUGCAUCCACAUGCCUUUCUCACACGUAGACAAUCAACCUCGCUUUAAACUACCUAAAUGGCACUGAAGUCUUUAAUCUUGUUCGUGAGUCUUUUCUUAAGGGUGGGAGAGAGGACCACAUAAAGGACAAACAAAUACAUGACCUAGCCAAGCUUUGAAAGACCAACCUAGUCCUGAAAGUUUAGGCACCUGGGUUCAAAUUAUUGUACAAUGAGCGACUAAAUGGAGAAGCAUGGUGCUUAAGCCUAAAGACUGAUGGGCUGGACUGGAAAAUUAAUAAGUACCUAAGGAUGAAGAAGUGCUGUGGACUUGCAUGGACUCCCACCAGAAACUGAUUCCACUAGGGGAAUCUGUCUUCUGUUUACCAUAGUACAAAGGACCACUGAUAGUGAGUCAUUAUGGGAUAUCAGUGAAGUGUUCCUAGAGUAACCAAAGUCAAUGUUUAACACUGACAGAAGAGUCCACAUCCAGCUUAACCCUAAAACCCUACAGCUGAUGACUUCACCGUUUUUUUUGUUUGUUUGGUUUGGUUUGGUUUGGUUUGGUUUGGUUUGGUUUGGUUUGGUUUGGUUUGGUUUUUUUGUGUUUCCUUUGUUGCAGAAGUCAACUGCUUUUGAACACUUUUUGAUCUUUAUCCAUGGCAUGGUUGAAAGUUGCCACUGUGGGACCCUGUACCUAUAUUUUCAUCAGAAGCAUCCUUGAAUUUUUGUUUGUUUGUUUGUUUGCUUAGGUGUUUUCUUCUUCCUCCUCCUCUCCCUCCUUUUCCUUUUUCUCCUCUUCCUUUUCUUCCUGCUGAUGUCACUGUUCCUCCUCAGUGUAAAUAUUCGAAAGUUUUAGACUUUUACCCCCAAAACAGCACCUUCCUAUGCAUGACUAAUCCCUGAAGUCCAUUCUAAUUGCUGUUGAAUGGCAGGCAGAAUCCAUAACCACAGAGGCACACAAUAGUGCAAAUACCUUCCAAGGACCAGUAGACUUGAAUACAGUACCAAUGGGAGUUGUCUGGUGUCAAGAUGAACUUUGGGCACAACGUUAUCAUAGAGCACUGGUGAGGUCAAGGUCGCAGGUCUUUUUGUAUCUUGCAUCUUCGUUCUAGAACAGUCAAAAAGGAAACAGGAAAGGAGCCGCAUCUGGGUUUGUGCUUGCCUACAUUGCUUACUGGGAGGAAGUCAUUUCAAAUAGGAGGUCAAAGAAAGGCUUGGAGCUCCUCUUGCUGUGAGUCCCACAGUGCAUUUACUCCUCAGUAAGGUCACUUCCCGACCUGCGAAACUUGUCACCCACAGAUGAGAAUUUUCUCUUUGGUUGCAGUUUCUUCAUAAUGGACAUAUAAAUAAUGAAGACACUAUGAAGUGUCAGUGACCCUUGGACACUGACAGAUCUCUAAAACUCUCCGCUAGCCAAAAGGAUAGCUAAUUUUCUUAAAUCGUGUUACAUACACAUAAAUGAGAGAAAAAGUGAAAUAAGUCUGAAUCCCAGAAUAAAAUUAUUUCCAGAAUGAAAUUGCAUGUGUGAAUUAAGGGCAGAGAAUUCCUUGCCAGUUUAAUUCAAUGACUCUCCAAUUCUUAUCAUCAGGAUAAAACUGAAGGACAAAGGAUGCCUUUUGGGUUUUUUAAUUUUUUUAAUAUUGCACUUUAUAGUAUUUCAUAAGAGACGAUUGUCUUAAUUAAAGCCAUAAAAUACCAAUAAUGCAUAUAUUCAGGGCUUCUGGAUAUAGUCAAUAAACAGUCCACGGGUCAUUCUAUGUGUUGUUCGUUGUAAAAUGAAGUUUAUCUGUUCUGUUUUUAUUACUUAAACUACUGUUCUAGACAAUCCUAAUUGACUAAAGAGUUUUAGGUGUGUAUUUUAAUCAAACUUUGAAAAUCAAAGGAAUUAUUCAUUUCAUGGAAGAAUUCUUCAUUUUCAAAGCAGCUCGUUGCAUGGUUUCUUUAAAUAGCAAGUUCCACUAUUGCACUGAAAAUAUUUCCUUUAAAAAUCCUAGACUAUUUUUCAGGAAUCCAUUUGCUAUGUUAAGCAAGAUUCACCCAUGUGGAGAUUGGAAUGGAUGAUUAGCAAACAUGCCUGGAAAAAUUAGGCUUCUGUUUUUACAUAAAUAUAUGAUGGAUCUAAGAAGUUCCCUUAUAAAAAUGGCAAGCAGAUAUACAACCUGUCGAUAAUAUCUUAUACUUAUAUUUGUUUACAUCCCUGGGAGGACAAGCAAAAACAACAGACUUCAUGAUGUGCUGGGUGGUAAAUUUUCUUUUCUGUCAAAACAUAGUUUCUCACUGGGGAUGGUAAGUUGUUCAUUCUCAAGACUAAAACCCUUAAUAUUUCACCUAGUAAUGCAAUCGGAGUGAGAACUGAGAUGAAGAGGCACAUAAUAGCCUAGAACAAUCCACCACACCAGGGUAGCUAAGUCAUCUACAUAAGCCCCAGUAUUAAUAGAGCAACCCCAUCAGUAAUCUUGGGCUUAAAUAGACAACUUGUCCUAAAGAAAAAUAUCUGAAUGCAGAGUCGAUGACAUUCCUCUAUCACAGGCUGCCCAAGGUUCUCAAAGAGUCAGACUGUCCAUCAAGAAUAGAGAGAGAUUCUGUUGAAUUUGGCAGAGUCCACCUUGGUCCCUGUAACUAACCUUGUUCUUUCAAGUCUCCAUAGCAACAGCUUCCAUCUUCACAAUGCAGACUCAGAGAGGUGAAUGAAAAAAAAAAAAAUAUGACUCGCAAACCAGGCCUGGUGACACACUUGUAAUUGGAGAAGUGAGGAGGUAGAGGCACGAGGAUUGGAAGCUCCCGAUCAGCUUUGGCUACAUAAAACCCUGUCUCAAAAAGGGGGCGAGGGGAACAAACACUAUCCUCUUGGUUUGAUGAAGCUACUGCUACUACAAAAGAAAAGAUAAGUUAUAUAUUUUUAAAACAGAAAUAUUAUUAAUGUUGAUCCCAACAUAGAUAUAUAUCCUACAAGGUAUAACCUACCUUUUAAAUGGGUUAUGUUAAAAAUAUAAAAGUGUGCUCAAGAUCUUCUGUUUGAGGAUGCACAAUCAAUUACUGCCAAUCAAACCUUUUCCAAACACUACAGCAGAACCUGUAACCCAGAUUUAGUCAUGAUAUUGCACCCGAUAAAUAUGUACAAUUACUAUGCCAAUCAAAAGAAUAAACCAAUCUUUAGAAUUUCUAAAUGAAUAUAUUUUGGAAAGAUCAAAACAUAUCGAAAUGCCAUUUUUGUGAAGGAUCUUUUUAGGUGUGGUCUAGGUCUCACAUGGCCUUUGUUUGCCUGCAUACUAAAGAAGCAUCUUAGCCCCUGUCUUUGCCCCUCCAGACUCCAGGGGAUGCACUUUAAAGUCAUCUUUGUCAUUUUAUGUUUGUUGUGAGCACUUUUCUCUGGCUGGCUAGAUGUACAGCGACUCCGUGUCAUUUACUUUGUGACUGUCUGUACAUAACUGGAAUUCAGAUGGCACCUGUACAUAGGCUGUUUGGAGUGGUGUGCUAGGGUCACGUGGUCUCACUCUGAUAAAGGGUUUUCUUCCAUGUUCCACUGUCUGCAUCCUUGUGCUUGUACUACUGAUAACUUACUGAAUAUACUUUAUGUAACUAAGUCUCCUCAGUGUAAAAGUAAUAACAAUAAAACAAUUGACU